CCCCUAAUUCUCUCGACUUUCUCCCAACUUUAAGAAAACUUUCACCAGGCUUGCUCAGCCCCGCGCCUCUCAUUGGCCGGCUGGCGCCGCGUCCCUCUCCCCAUUGGCUGCCGAGCUUUCCCCCCGCCCUUUUUCCCACCACCCACCCACCCCGUGGACGUUUUGCCAUGCAAAAGUUUCCAGCCGCGUCCGGAUUUCCCUCGGCUCUGCGCAAACGGGGCAACCCCACCCCCCUUGGAUUUUAAGGUGGAUAUUUGAGCAUUUCAGGGCAUGAAAAGGGAUGGCUGACCGUUCAAAUUCUCAGGAGCUGGAGAACAACAGCUGGGUGAUCACAGGAGCAGAGACUGCUGCUGUGGAAGAUCUUGGCUUCGAAGCAUCCGAAGAAACCCAGUUAGAAGCAUCUCCGCCCGAGAGCGAGCUCUUCGUGGACAGUCCAGAUCUGGAAGAAGGCAAAGCAAAGAGUCAGGAGCCAGAAGAUCACCUGAUUUCCAGAGAUCCUUCCAGCCAGGAAUCUACUCUCUUAUUGUUGAAUGAAGAGAAGACGGACAGCCCACAUCCAGAGGACGAAGGAUUCCCCCUCUCACAAUCACCCCCCACAGGUCUCCCCAGAGAUGAACAGAAGGCUUCUUCCAGCCUCAAGGAAGAGGUGGCGUCCCCCGAAGCCGACGUCGAGGGUCUGCGCCAACGGAAAGGCCGCGUGGACGACGUCCAGCAGGUGGGGCCGGAGCUGACCCGCGACCAAGCUAAGGAAGCUCCUGAGGACGAGGACGAUGGGCUUUCCAGGGUGAAGUGGCUGCUGGCCGUUAUAGCCAUUGUUGGUUUUGGAGUCUUGGCCAUGUUGGGGGUCUUCCUUGACACCGAGGAAGGGGGCCUGGACCUGCUGAAUCUGGGACUCAGCUCAGAGGGAGGAGAGCCGACUCCCGCCAACGGCGGGCAGGACUGGUCACCCUCCCUGGAAUCUGCGAAGGACCCUCAAUUCCGUGCAGGCAAGGAAGAUUUUUCCACUGAUCCGAAGAGCUUGGAUGCCAUGGGAGCCUUGCUGGAUAAGCUAGCCAAGGAAAAUCAGGAUAUUCGACUCAUGCAGGCAGAACUCCAGGCCCAGAAGGAAGAACUAGAAAUUCUGCUGCAGAAAUCUCAAGACAAGACAUUAGCUGUCGAUUCCCUGCAGCAGAAUUUGGCUACGGAAAACCAACGUUUGGCCGAAGCCUUGAAGAGGGAGACGGCUGCCCUCUCGGCUGCCCGGGGCGAACUCCAGCUUCUUCGGGAAAAGGUCCGUAAGCUGGACACGCCGGCCGAUGCCAAAUCCCGCCAGCAUGCCGGAGAAGAACCGGUCUCUCGUUGCCCUGAUUUUCAGGAGAAGGAACUCCACCGUCUGCGUUCCUUGCUGGGUUCGGUCCGUCAGGAUUUGGGAAAGCUGAUACAAAAAAACCCCCUGGAGGAAUUGAAAAACCUGGAGCAGAGGCUGGGCAAGGAGGUAGACCUCAGUGAGGUUGAGAAAGAACCCCGGACGCCGUGGAAAGAGAGUGCCAAAGCGAAGCAGGGCAGAGCCAAACCGUGGCAGAAGAAACACCAAGGGGAGGAGAAGUUUCGGCAGCAGGACGGGGGGGAGGACCCCAAAGCAGCCAAUGGGAAAGGGCCGCAUGCCCCCAAGAAGCACCAAGCAAAGACCCCCAAAGGAGGAGACUACCAGCGGGGGUCCCGCAAAGCCAGGAAACCGAUGGAGCCCCAGGAAUUGUGGGAGAUGCUCGCCAAGCAUCCGUUCCCUGCCCCGCAAGGUUGUUCUGGGGUCGCCGAAUGCGCCCGCCGAGAUGGUUUGGCCCCCGUCCAGAAAGGCCCCUUCCUCAAACUGGUGCAAAAUUAUCUCUCCGGACUGGGCUGGGGGAGAUACGCCAGCGAGUUGGUCCCGGUGCUGGGAGGGUUUUUCGGCGGCGACGGGCUCUUCGCCCACGAUCGGAUCGGCUUCGCCGACUUUUUGGAUAAAACCGAAGACGCCCUGGAAGAACUGGCGCGGCACUUGGGAGUGAGCGAAGACGGGGUGGACGAUUUCGAGGACACCAUGCUGAAGCAGCUGGGGGCAGCCCCCGGACGCAGAUCCACUCGGGGAGACGGCACCAAAGAGCGGGGCCAUCCUAAGAAUCGGGCAUACGGUUAGCCCGUCUUUCGACCGGCGUGGCGAAGGUCGCGUGGACAUUGGUGGAAAUCUCAAGGGAAGAGGCUUCUUCAAGUUUUUUUUUGGGGGGGGCAUUCUUAACCCCCCCCCUCUUCGAACUUUAUAUCCCCAUCUUAUACGUCCAGGAGUGACGUCCAGUGAGUUAUGAGCCGAUGUAUCUGAGCUCUCCUUUCUUCGGUCUGUAUUUUGGGUUUGAAAUGCCGCUGGGCCUCGACGUACGACCCCCAUUUCUGUCGUACAGCGAGACGUUGGCGGAGUGAGCUUUGCCACGCACCGCCCCCCCUCCAUUUUGCCUUCCUUCCUCACCACUGUCAUUUUAAAAAAUCGCUGCAGUUAUUAAGUUCCUAACAUGGGCGUUAAGCGAAUUCGGCUUCCCCCACCACCCCUGCUGAUGUUGCUUGUCAGAACGGUCACAAAAAGGGGGUCACACAGCAUCUGUCGUAAGUUGGCCAGCGCCUGAAAUUUUGAUCGCGUCACCUCCUAGAUGCCAGGAAGGCUGUAAGUGUGAAAAACUGUGUGUGAAAAACUCAAGCGUCCAUUGUCACAGUGUCGUAAGUCGAGGACUGCCAAAAAGAAAAAUAUUCCCCUCUGCCUUUCCAAACGAACAUUUCUCUGGCCUCCUCCCUUUUUCCUUUCUUCCCCCCCCAUCCCAAAAAACCCCCCACCCACAAAUUUAUCUUCAAAUUAAUUUAAUUUUUGAGUUUCCCUUUCUUGCUUCCAACGUUAAGCUGAUCAGGGCAGGUGGGAGGCUAAUCAGCACCCCACCAAAAUCGGAGGUGUGGGGUGGGUGACCUGCGGAGAAAUGAUUCAGCUUGCUUUA